CCCAGAGGCAGAGCAGCAAUGAGGUGGAAAGGGGAGGUGGAGGUCUGAACUGAUUUUCUGUUAUGGCCGUCAUUAUUAGCAGUUAAAUGUGGUGGUUUUCAGCUCAUCUACUUCGCCACCGUUCUUCUUCCCAUUUCAAAUCUUAAUAUAUCUCGCGCUCUCAACUGUUUCUGCCUAACCCUACUUCUCUGUUUCACUCAUCCUCUGUUUUCCUUGUUAGCUCAUCUCCGCGUACUCCAAUCUCACUCAUACCACUCUUAGCUUUAAAACCCUAUAUAGGAAUUUAAUACACUUUCUCAGGAGAAAAACCCACUUCUCAGAUCUCUCCCUUUUCGUUUUAGAUUCAAGGAAACGCUUAUUCUCUAGAAAUGGAGCUUUAUUUUCUCGAUAAGCUCAAGGGUCAACCUUCCUGGAUUCUUGUGCUAUUCACUGUGGGUUCUUUAUCAGUUCUGAAAUGCUUCUUCGCUUUCCUUAAUUGGGUUUAUGUCAAUUUCCUUAGACCCGCUAAGAAUCUGAAGAAGUAUGGAUCAUGGGCUCUUGUAACCGGACCUACUGACGGUAUUGGGAAAGGGUUCGCUUUUCAAUUGGCUCGAAAGGGUCUCAAUCUGGUUUUGGUUGGUCGAAAUCCUGAUAAGCUCAAGGAUGUUUCGGAUUCUAUUCAGUCCAAAUAUGGUAAGGUCCAAAUCAAGAACGUUGUUGUUGAUUUCAGUGGGGAUAUCGACGAGGGUGUUAAGAAAAUUCAGGAGACAAUUGAAGGAUUGGAUGUUGGUGUCUUGAUUAAUAACGUUGGGGUUUCAUAUCCAUAUGCGAGAUUUUUCCAUGAAGUGGAUGAUGACUUGUUGAAGAACUUGAUUAAGGUGAACGUAGAAGGCACUACCAAAGUUACACAAGCUGUUUUGCCUGGGAUGUUGAAGAGGAAGAAAGGUGCUAUAGUUAAUAUCGGUUCUGGUGCAGCAAUUGUCAUUCCUUCUGAUCCUCUUUAUGCUGUUUAUGCGGCCACCAAAGCGUACAUAGAUCAAUUCUCAAGGUGCCUUUAUGUUGAAUACAAGAAAAGUGGGAUCGAUGUGCAGUGUCAGGUUCCACUAUAUGUGGCAACAAAGAUGGCAUCCAUUAGGAGAUCUUCCUUCUUCGUUCCGUCAACAGAUGGUUAUGCCCGGGCAGGUCUGCGUUGGAUAGGCUAUGAACCUCGUUGCACACCGUACUGGCCUCAUUCUCUUCUUUGGGGUUUGCUAUGUGCAUUGCCAGAAUCCAUUGUUGAUGGAUGGCGACUCCGCUAUUGCCUUGGGAUUCGAAAGAAAGGGCAGCUGAAGGAUUCUAGGAAGAAGGAAUAAACAGUACUCCUUUGUAUUAAUGGAGUCAGCCUAGCUGGUCAUUAUAUGUUGUUCACUUUGUGGUUUUGAACACAUGGAAUUCAAUCUUUUCUUCCAUCAUCAUUCUUACAUUUUCUUUUGGCAUUUUUCACCGAAAACAACAUUUUCUGAUUGGCAUUUGCCUUGAACAUUAACAUGCUUAUUCUUGAACUUCA